AUGAGGCUGCAUCAACUCAAACCCACCAAUCCGACCCGACUCAACCGAAUACUGCCGAGGAAGACCAGUCUGAGCCCCAAGAAACGAAACUACAACACUCAUCUCCCAGAGACCCAGCACCGGGCCCUCGACCGUCUCGUCAACGACUUGUCGGCUCAUCUGCCUCACUUCAGAUCCCCUGGAAAGUCAAUCAAAGUCCUCAAAGAACCUUCGCAUUUCUACCUCGAACUAUUGAAUCUCAUCGGCAGGGCUCAAAAGAGGAUAUUUAUCGCUAGUCUGUACUUUGGAAAGGAAGAGACGAACUUGAUCAAAGCCUUAGGAAAUGCAUUAGAAAGCAGCAAAGACUUGAAACUGACGAUCCUGGUGGAUUAUUUGCGCUCGACGCGGGAAUACGCUCGGAGGCAAGAGUGUUCAGCGAGUCUAUUACGGACGCUGAAGGCACGCUUCCCAAACCAAGUGGAUAUCCGUUUAUUCCACACUUCCGAACUCUGUGGAAUCCUCAAACAAAUCGUGCCCCGGAGAUUCGACGAGGGCUUUGGGCUCCAGCAUAUGAAGAUCUAUGGCGCUGAUCGAGACAUAAUCAUGAGUGGGGCCAACCUGAGUUCCGAUUAUUUUACGAAUCGACAGGACCGAUAUGUUAAGCUGAGCGAGCAAGACGAGCUGAGCGAAUAUCUCUCCGAAUUGAUCGAGCUGACGAGCUCGAUCUCCUACCGAUUGGAGGCGGAUGAACUGGCGGAAGAUGGGCGGCCAGACGGCUUGAGGAUCGUGUGGCCGGAGACGAACGCGAGUCGGCCGCCGAUCGACUCUAGACGAGCGUCCCGAGAGUUCAAGAAGAUCGCCCAUCAGAUGUACUCUGGAUUCACCGACCGAUGGCGGCAGAAGUUGUUACUAAUAGCUCAGAGCACCGAGCAGGCUGACCACACACAGCCCCACGUCUCCAUCUUCCCUACCCUCCAAAUGAGCCCUUUCAAGAUCCGCCACGAAACCGCCCUGAUGAUCCCCAAACUAAUCGACUUUGUCGACCAGCUGUCUUCGACUCCCGAGCAUCAUUCACUUGUCCACGAGAAAACCGUCUUGAAUUGGACUAGUGGUUAUUUUAGUCUUUUGAGAGAAUACAAAAGUCAGAUGUUAUCUUCGAAUGCCCAUGUAGAGAUCAUUACCGCAUCGCCCCAAGCAAAUGGAUUUUAUCAAUCCAACGGGGUUUCGAAGUAUAUCCCUUCGGCAUAUAGCUAUUUAGAAAACCUGUUUCGAAACGAGGUCCGUAAAUCUGCCAAACAAAAUCAGAUCAUAAUUCGACAAUGGAAUCGAGCUGGAUGGACAUAUCAUGCCAAGGGGCUAUGGAUCAACCGAUUUGUUAGAAAUGUCAGCAGGGAAGGAGAAGAGGAGCGGUGUUUAGUGACAAGUAUCGGGUCAUCGAACUUUGGCCGCCGGUCGGCGGAAAGAGACCUCGAAUGCAACCUAUUCAUCAUGCUCGACAGGGACCUCCCUCGUGCCAUUCCUGGGCAGCCCGAAGACGACAAGAGCAAGCCCGAAGACGGCUCGCUUUCCAGUCAGCUCGUCGACGAAUUGAGCCUUCUCAAAGGCCAUGUCCAGCCUAAUGAUCAGAAAGAGGCUCAUGUCGGUAUCUUCGUCAAGUUCUUCACUCGUUUGAUUCGCAACAUGUUGUGA